GUGCACACACACACACACACACACACACACACACACACACACACACACACACACACACACACACCAGCGCUUUCCCCUCAAGUGAAGCGGCAUUAGCAAUCGCAGCAUCUCCAGCUUCCUGCGCUGAGCCCAGCAGCCACUGCUUGAUUUAUUGGAGAAGGAAGAAGAAACCAGUUUCUGAGGCACCGCUAAAACGCAGCUGUCACAUCCAGUUGCAGGCAGACUUCUUCCCAGCUGUUUCCCUGCUCUGGCAAGAAAGUACCCUAUUCCAAAGGCUUGAAGAGGAGUCUGCUUAGUGCUGCAGGGCCAAUUUUACUUGAAAAUGAAUGCUAAGAUAAACACUGACUGAUCACCCCAGGUAGCUGUCUCACAAGAUCAAUCUAUUGAUUUUCACUGCAUGGGGUAAAGAAGAAACCGCCAAAUCAGGUACCUGUGUCUACAGAGUACUGUAUUUACAGGCCAAGAUAAGUCAACAUUCCUACUGGACUGACUGGGCUGGGCAGGCAAAGCUGCAGGAGAUGCUGUUUCUGUGGAGGAGUGAAGAGAUGUUCUGAAAUUGAUCUCUUCUUUCAUUGAAAGGGUAAAGAGCAUCACUUGUGACACCUGGAUGCUGCUGCUCUUCUUAGACAUCAAUGGGCUUAUCUAAUUAAGAGUGUGCUUUGACUGAGGUUGGUUUUCCAGUGGGUCCAUUCUCCCAGAUACCUGCUGACACCGACUCUUGAGCUUCAGCGGUUUUGAAUGACUGAAACCUCCCUACUCACCCCUGGGACGUCAUUCCUGCAGGAUUGUGGCAAACUAGUCUUUCAGGUUCCCUUGGCAACCCUGGUGCCCUGUCUCCUGAGAACUGCGCUUCUCCGGGACCUGAAGAGACCAGACUUGUGGAUGGACAAUCUGAGGCUGAGAGGGGGCUAGUGAUUUCUCGGACACUUGGGCAGUAGAAAGCACACCGCCCUGUCCUCCAGGAUCCGAUGGCCUUGGAGAGGGGGCUGCAGGGCCUGCGGACACCAACUCUUCCCAAAGUGCUGACAUGGAGCCAGAACGCUCGGCCCUGAGUGCGGCAAGGGCCCAAUUCGUGGAUGUGGAAGAGCGUGGGCCAGAGGCCAUGGACGUGAAGGAGAGGAAGCCCUACCGCUCGUUGACUCGGCGCCGCGAUGCUGAGCGCCGCUACACCAGCUCCUCGGCAGACAGCGAGGAGGGCAAGGCCCCACAGAAGUCCUACAGCUCCAGUGAGACCCUGAAGGCCUAUGACCAAGAUGCCCGCCUAGCCUAUGGCAGCCGCGUCAAGGACAUGGUACCACAGGAGGCCGAGGAGUUCUGCCGCACAGGCACCAACUUCACCCUGCGUGAGCUGGGUCUCGGGGAGAUGACUCCCCCUCAUGGGACCCUCUACCGGACAGACAUUGGCCUCCCACACUGCGGCUAUUCCAUGGGGGCCAGCUCUGAUGCAGACCUGGAAGCAGACACUGUGCUGUCCCCUGAACACCCAGUGCGCCUGUGGGGCCGGAGUACUCGGUCAGGGCGCAGCUCCUGCCUGUCCAGCCGGGCCAACUCCAACCUCACACUCACGGACACAGAGCAUGAGAACACAGAGACUGGUGCUCCCUUGCAUUGUUCAUCUGCUUCAUCAACCCCUAUUGAGCAGUCCCCCUCCCCGCCCCCCUCCCCUCCGGCCAAUGAGAGCCAGAGGCGGUUGCUAGGCAACGGUGUGGCCCAGCCAACCCCGGACUCAGACUCUGAGGAAGAGUUUGUCCCUAACUCAUUCUUAGUUAAAAGUGGCUCCGCCAGCCUGGGGGUCGCAGCAAACGAUCAUCCCAGCGGCCUGCAGAACCACCCUCGGCUCCGGACACCACCGCCACCACUCCCCCACGCCCAUACCCCCAACCAGCACCACGCGGCCUCCAUCAACUCCUUGAACAGGGGCAACUUCACCCCCAGGAGCAACCCCAGCCCGGCACCCACAGACCACUCACUCUCCGGGGAGCCCCCAGCAGGCAACGCCCAGGAGCCAACCCAUGCCCAGGACAACUGGCUACUCAACAGUAACAUCCCACUGGAGACCAGAAACCUAGGCAAGCAGCCCUUCCUAGGGACAUUGCAGGACAACCUCAUUGAGAUGGACAUUCUCAGCGCCUCCCGCCAUGAUGGGGCUUACAGUGACGGGCACUUCCUCUUCAAGCCAGGAGGCACCUCCCCGCUCUUCUGCACCUCAUCCCCGGGGUACCCUCUAACAUCUAGCACCGUGUACUCGCCCCCACCCCGGCCCCUGCCCCGCAGCACCUUCUCCCGACCAGCCUUUAACCUCAAGAAGCCCUCCAAGUACUGCAACUGGAAGUGUGCAGCCCUGAGUGCCAUCGUCAUCUCAGCCACACUGGUCAUCCUGCUCGCAUACUUCGUGGCCAUGCACCUGUUUGGCCUAAACUGGCACCUGCAGCCGAUGGAGGGGCAGAUGUAUGAGAUCACGGAGGACACAGCCAGCAGUUGGCCUGUGCCAACGGACGUCUCCCUGUAUCCCUCGGGGGGCACUGGCUUAGAGAACCCUGACAGGAAAGGCAAAGGAGCCACGGAAGGAAAGCCAAGUAGUUUCUUUCCAGAGGACAGUUUUAUAGACUCUGGCGAAAUCGAUGUGGGCAGACGGGCUUCCCAGAAGAUUCCACCUGGAACAUUCUGGAGAUCUCAGGUGUUCAUAGACCACCCUGUGCAUCUGAAGUUCAAUGUGUCUUUGGGGAAAGCAGCUCUGGUUGGCAUCUAUGGAAGAAAAGGUCUUCCCCCUUCCCAUACUCAGUUUGACUUCGUGGAGCUACUGGAUGGAAGAAGGCUCCUAACCCAGGAGGCAAGGAGCCUGGAGGGUCCCCAACGCCAGUCCCGGGGUGCUGUUCCCCCAUCCAGCCAUGAGACCGGUUUCAUCCAGUAUCUGGAUUCGGGAAUCUGGCACCUGGCCUUUUACAAUGAUGGGAAGGAGUCUGAAGUGGUUUCCUUUCUCACCACCACCAUUGAAUCAGUGGAUAACUGCCCCAGCAACUGCUACGGUAAUGGUGACUGCAUCUCAGGGACCUGCCACUGCUUCCUGGGUUUCCUGGGCCCUGACUGUGGCCGAGCUUCCUGUCCUGUGCUGUGCAGUGGGAAUGGCCAGUACAUGAAGGGCAGGUGCCUAUGCCACAGCGGCUGGAAGGGGGCCGAGUGUGACGUGCCCACCAACCAAUGCAUCGACGUGGCCUGCAGCAGCCAUGGCACCUGCAUCAUGGGCACCUGCAUCUGCAACCCUGGCUACAAGGGCGAGAGCUGUGAGGAAGUGGACUGCAUGGACCCCACCUGUUCCAGUCGGGGUGUCUGUGUGAGAGGCGAAUGCCACUGCUCCGUGGGAUGGGGAGGCACCAACUGCGAAACACCCAGGGCCACAUGCUUGGACCAAUGCUCAGGCCACGGAACCUUCCUCCCAGACACCGGACUUUGCACCUGUGACCCAAGCUGGACUGGACAUGACUGUUCCAUUGAGAUCUGUGCUGCUGACUGUGGUGGCCAUGGCGUCUGCGUAGGAGGCACCUGCCGCUGUGAGGACGGCUGGAUGGGGGCCGCGUGCGACCAGCGGGCCUGCCACCCUCGUUGCGCAGAGCACGGGACCUGCCGCGAUGGCAAGUGUGAAUGCAGCCCCGGCUGGAAUGGCGAGCACUGCACCAUCGAGGGCUGUCCUGGCUUGUGCAAUGGAAAUGGCAGAUGUACCCUGGACCUGAAUGGGUGGCACUGCGUCUGCCAGCUGGGCUGGAGAGGAGCUGGCUGCGACACAUCCAUGGAAACGGCCUGUGGAGACAGCAAAGACAACGAUGGAGAUGGUUUGGUGGACUGCAUGGACCCUGACUGCUGCCUCCAGCCCCUCUGUCAUGUCAACCCGCUGUGCCUCGGCUCCCCUGACCCUCUGGACAUCAUCCAAGAGACACAGGCCCCUGUAUCCCAGCAGAACCUUCACUCCUUCUACGACCGCAUCAAGUUCCUCGUGGGCAGGGACAGCACGCACGUCAUCCCUGGCGAGAACCCCUUUGAUGGAGGGCAUGCAUGUGUCAUCCGUGGACAAGUGAUGACGUCAGAUGGGACCCCGCUGGUUGGUGUGAACAUCAGCUUCAUCAAUAACCCACUCUUUGGGUACACAAUCAGCAGGCAGGAUGGCAGCUUUGACCUGGUCACGAACGGCGGCAUCUCCAUCAUCUUGAGAUUCGAACGGGCACCCUUCAUCACACAAGAGCAUACCCUGUGGCUACCCUGGGACCGCUUCUUUGUCAUGGAAACCAUCAUCAUGAGACAUGAGGAGAAUGAGAUUCCUAGCUGUGACCUGAGCAACUUUGCCCGCCCCAACCCUGUGGUGUCUCCAUCCCCGCUGACAUCCUUCGCUAGUUCCUGUGCUGAGAAAGGCCCCAUUGUCCCAGAAAUCCAGGCCCUGCAAGAGGAAAUCACCAUUGCUGGCUGCAAGAUGAGGCUGAGCUAUCUGAGCAGCCGCACCCCUGGCUACAAGUCUGUCCUGAGGAUCAGCCUCACGCACCCCACCAUCCCCUUCAACCUCAUGAAGGUCCACCUCAUGGUGGCAGUCGAGGGUCGCCUCUUCCGGAAGUGGUUUGCUGCAGCCCCUGACCUGUCCUAUUACUUCAUCUGGGACAAGACGGAUGUCUACAACCAGAAGGUGUUUGGACUCUCGGAAGCCUUCGUUUCCGUGGGUUAUGAAUACGAAUCCUGCCCAGAUCUGAUCCUGUGGGAGAAAAGGACAGCAGUGUUGCAGGGCUAUGAAAUCGAUGCCUCCAAGCUGGGGGGCUGGAGCCUGGAUAAGCACCAUGCCUUGAACAUCCAGAGUGGCAUCCUGCACAAAGGGAAUGGAGAGAACCAGUUCGUUUCUCAGCAGCCACCAGUCAUCGGCAGCAUCAUGGGCAAUGGGCGCAGGCGGAGCAUCUCCUGCCCCAGCUGCAAUGGUCUUGCUGAUGGCAACAAGCUCCUGGCCCCCGUGGCCCUCACCUGUGGCUCUGAUGGGAGUCUCUAUGUGGGAGACUUCAAUUACAUCCGCAGGAUCUUCCCCUCUGGAAAUGUUACCAACAUCCUGGAGAUGAGAAAUAAAGAUUUCAGACAUAGUCACAGCCCAGCACACAAAUACUACCUGGCCACAGAUCCCAUGAGCGGGGCCGUCUUCCUGUCUGACACCAACAGCCGGCGGGUCUUCAAGAUCAAGUCCACCACAGUGGUGAAGGACCUGGUCAAGAACUCUGAGGUGGUGGCAGGGACUGGUGACCAGUGCCUCCCCUUUGAUGAUACUCGCUGCGGAGAUGGUGGGAAAGCCACAGAAGCCACACUCACUAAUCCCAGGGGAAUUACCGUGGACAAGUUUGGGCUCAUUUACUUCGUGGAUGGCACAAUGAUCAGACGCGUCGAUCAAAAUGGGAUCAUCUCCACCUUGCUGGGCUCCAAUGACCUCACCUCCGCCAGGCCCCUCAGCUGUGACUCUGUCAUGGAUAUUUCUCAGGUUCGCCUGGAGUGGCCCACAGACUUGGCCAUCAACCCAAUGGACAAUUCCCUCUAUGUCCUCGACAACAAUGUGGUCCUGCAAAUCUCCGAAAACCACCAGGUGCGCAUUGUCGCUGGGAGGCCUAUGCACUGCCAGGUUCCUGGCAUCGAUCACUUCCUGCUGAGCAAGGUGGCCAUCCACGCAACCCUGGAGUCAGCCACUGCUUUGGCUGUUUCACACAACGGAGUCCUGUAUAUCGCCGAGACAGAUGAGAAAAAGGUUAACCGCAUCAGGCAGGUCACUACAAGUGGUGAGAUCUCCCUGGUCGCUGGUGCCCCCAGUGGCUGUGACUGUAAAAACGAUGCCAACUGUGAUUGUUUCUCUGGAGAUGAUGGUUAUGCCAAGGAUGCAAAGCUGAAUACUCCAUCUUCUUUGGCUGUGUGUGCUGAUGGGGAGCUUUACGUGGCCGACCUUGGAAACAUCCGAAUUCGGUUCAUCCGUAAGAACAAGCCUUUCCUCAACACCCAGAACAUGUAUGAGCUGUCCUCCCCCAUCGACCAGGAGCUGUACCUCUUUGACACCAGUGGCAAGCAUCUGUACACUCAGAGCCUGCCUACAGGAGACUACCUGUACAACUUUACUUACACGGGGGACGGCGACAUCACACACAUCACGGACAACAAUGGCAACAUGGUGAACGUCCGCCGGGAUUCUACCGGGAUGCCCCUCUGGCUGGUCGUCCCAGAUGGCCAGGUGUACUGGGUAACCAUGGGCACCAACAGUGCACUCAGAAGUGUGACCACACAAGGACACGAGCUGGCUAUGAUGACAUACCACGGCAACUCUGGCCUCCUGGCAACCAAAAGCAAUGAAAAUGGGUGGACAACGUUUUAUGAGUAUGACAGCUUUGGUCGCCUGACAAAUGUGACCUUUCCAACUGGCCAGGUGAGCAGUUUCCGAAGCGAUACAGACAGCUCAGUACACGUGCAGGUAGAGACCUCCAGCAAGGAUGAUGUCACCAUAACCACCAACCUGUCUGCCUCGGGUGCCUUCUACACUCUGUUGCAAGACCAAGUCCGGAACAGCUACUACAUCGGGGCCGAUGGCUCCCUGCGCCUGCUGCUAGCCAACGGCAUGGAAGUGGCUCUGCAGACCGAGCCCCACCUGCUGGCCGGCACUGUCAACCCCACUGUGGGCAAGAGGAACGUCACACUGCCCAUCGACAACGGCCUCAACCUGGUGGAAUGGCGCCAGCGCAAGGAGCAGGCCCGUGGUCAGGUCACAGUGUUCGGGCGCCGUCUGCGGGUUCACAACCGAAACCUCUUGUCUCUGGACUUUGACCGCGUAACACGCACAGAGAAGAUCUAUGAUGACCACCGCAAGUUCACCCUUCGGAUCCUGUAUGACCAGGCAGGGAGGCCUAGCCUCUGGUCACCUAGCAGCAGGCUGAAUGGUGUUAAUGUAACCUACUCCCCUGGGGGUCACAUUGCCGGGAUCCAAAGGGGCAUCAUGUCUGAGAGAAUGGAGUAUGAUCAGGCAGGGCGCAUCACAUCCCGGAUCUUUGCAGAUGGGAAGGUGUGGAGCUACACAUACUUAGAGAAGUCCAUGGUGCUUCACCUCCACAGCCAGAGGCAGUACAUCUUCGAGUUUGACAAGAAUGACCGCCUCUCUUCCGUGACCAUGCCCAAUGUCGCCAGGCAGACACUGGAGACCAUUCGCUCAGUGGGCUACUACAGAAACAUCUACCAACCCCCGGAAGGCAAUGCCUCCGUCAUACAGGACUUCACCGAGGAUGGGCACCUGUUGCACACCUUCUACUUGGGCACUGGCCGCAGGGUGAUUUACAAGUAUGGCAAGUUGUCAAAGCUGGCCGAGACUCUGUAUGACACCACCAAGGUGAGCUUCACCUAUGAUGAGACAGCAGGUAUGCUGAAGACCGUCAACCUUCAGAAUGAGGGCUUUACCUGCACUAUCCGCUACCGUCAGAUUGGGCCCCUGAUUGACCGUCAGAUCUUCCGCUUCACAGAGGAAGGCAUGGUCAACGCCCGCUUUGACUACAACUAUGACAACAGUUUCCGUGUGACCAGCAUGCAGGCUGUGAUCAACGAGACCCCACUGCCCAUCGAUCUCUACCGCUACGAUGAUGUGUCAGGGAAGACAGAACAGUUUGGGAAGUUUGGUGUCAUUUACUAUGAUAUCAACCAGAUCAUCACCACAGCUGUCAUGACCCACACCAAACAUUUUGAUGCUUAUGGCAGGAUGAAGGAAGUACAGUAUGAGAUUUUCCGGUCACUCAUGUACUGGAUGACUGUUCAGUAUGAUAACAUGGGACGGGUAGUGAAGAAGGAACUGAAGGUGGGGCCCUAUGCCAACACCACCCGCUACUCCUAUGAGUACGAUGCUGAUGGCCAGCUGCAGACAGUCUCCAUCAAUGACAAGCCGCUCUGGCGCUACAGCUAUGACCUCAAUGGGAACCUACACCUGCUGAGCCCUGGGAACAGUGCACGGCUCACGCCACUACGGUACGACCUCCGUGACCGCAUCACUAGGCUGGGUGAUGUGCAGUACAAGAUGGACGAGGAUGGCUUCCUGAGGCAGCGGGGUGGGGAUGUCUUCGAGUACAACUCAGCUGGCCUGCUCAUCAAAGCCUACAACCGGGCUAGCGGCUGGAGCGUCAGGUACCGCUACGACGGCCUGGGGCGGCGAGUAUCCAGCAAGAGCAGCCACGGUCACCACCUACAGUUCUUCUAUGCAGACCUGACCAACCCCACCAAGGUCACCCACCUCUACAACCACUCCAGCUCUGAGAUCACGUCCCUCUACUAUGACCUGCAGGGACACCUCUUUGCCAUGGAGCUGAGCAGUGGCGACGAGUUCUACAUAGCUUGUGACAACAUCGGGACCCCACUUGCUGUCUUCAGUGGGACUGGCCUGAUGAUCAAGCAGAUCCUGUACACAGCCUAUGGGGAGAUCUACAUGGACACAAACCCCAACUUCCAGAUCAUCAUCGGCUACCACGGCGGCCUCUAUGAUCCGCUCACCAAGCUUGUCCACAUGGGCCGACGGGAUUAUGAUGUGCUGGCUGGACGCUGGACGAGCCCAGACCAUGAACUCUGGAAACGCCUGAGUAGUAGCAGCAUCGUGCCUUUUCAUCUCUACAUGUUUAAGAACAACAACCCCAUCAGCAACUCUCAGGACAUCAAGUGCUUCAUGACAGAUGUCAACAGCUGGCUACUCACCUUUGGAUUCCAGCUACACAACGUGAUACCUGGCUAUCCCAAACCAGACACAGAUGCCAUGGAACCAUCCUACGAGCUCGUGCACACACAGAUGAAAACUCAGGAAUGGGACAACAGCAAGUCUAUCCUCGGGGUACAAUGUGAAGUCCAGAAGCAACUCAAGGCCUUUGUUACCUUGGAACGCUUUGACCAGCUUUAUGGCUCCACCAUCACCAGCUGCCAGCAGGCCCCAGAGACAAAGAAGUUUGCCUCCAGUGGUUCCAUCUUUGGCAAGGGGGUCAAGUUUGCCUUGAAAGAUGGUCGAGUGACCACAGACAUCAUCAGUGUGGCCAAUGAGGAUGGGCGGAGGAUUGCGGCCAUCUUGAACAAUGCCCACUAUCUAGAGAACCUUCACUUCACCAUUGAUGGGGUGGAUACCCAUUACUUUGUGAAACCAGGACCUUCUGAAGGUGACCUGGCCAUCCUGGGCCUCAGUGGGGGGCGGCGAACCCUGGAGAACGGGGUCAACGUCACUGUGUCCCAGAUCAACACGAUGCUCAGUGGCAGGACUAGACGGUACACAGACAUCCAGCUGCAGUACAGGGCGCUGUGCCUGAACACCCGCUAUGGGACAACCGUGGAUGAGGAGAAGGCACGGGUGCUGGAGCUGGCCAGGCAGAGAGCUGUCCGCCAGGCUUGGGCCCGGGAGCAGCAAAGACUGCGGGAAGGGGAGGAAGGCCUCCGGGCCUGGACAGAGGGGGAGAGGCAGCAGGUGCUGAACACAGGGCGGGUGCAAGGCUACGACGGCUUCUUUGUGACCUCCGUUGAGCAGUACCCAGAACUGUCGGACAGCGCCAACAACAUCCACUUCAUGAGACAGAGCGAGAUGGGCCGAAGGUGACAGAGAGGGCCAAGGCCUGGACUUCUUGCCAAAGACAGCCACUCUUCUGUGUCCGUGUACCUGACUGUGUUGUACUUAACAAAAAAACAAAAACUUUUUUUUAACAAGUGCAGAAAACAAAACAGAAAGAUAUUGGUUGCAUUGUUAAUUUGUGCAACAUCCUUUUUUUUUUUUUUAAGAAAAACACUAAUUUGGCCUUCAUACUUUUUUUUUUUUUUUUGCAAAAAAUGGAAGUUUUGGUUUUUUUUUCCUGUAGUGUGACCACAAUGAUAACUAUUUUCUUUUGUUCCCUUUUUUCCUUGAGGAAUUUUCCCUGUUGUUUGGGGUACAUUUCUCCUCUCUUUGGGGUACACAUCCCCUUGGGUGUGUCCUCAUCCAUCCCUAGGUCCCCCGUGUGAUGUGAGACAUGAGUGUCUAACUUGUCCCAUGUGUAGCCCUUUCUUCUUAGACUGGGGUCGGGUGGGGGUGACGGGUGCAGAGAGGAACGGGGCCUUGCGGGGCCUCGGGGAGCUUUGGUCAGGCUCCCACAGAGAGUGGUGAGUUUCUCUUCACCAUGUUUUGUGCCUCCUGAGGACCUACAUCAUGCUCUGGAAAAUUCCGUGAUGAUGUUGAGCACCUUUUCAAGCCACCCCAAACUCCUGCCCGAGCUUUAUAUUUUGAUGCUAAAUGAAGCCCCCCCCUCCCUUUUGCAAAUCUCUAGUGUAGCUGUCAGUGCCAGCCCCAACCCCAUAAUGAAGUAGAGAAAGUGUCUCCUAGGUCCUUUCCCCAGUCUGGUGACGUAACAUCCUGGGCUUGGAGCCCCAUCCUUUCCAAGGGGCGAAAGCACCAGGAUGUCUGUGAGUGGUUGACCUUCCAUGAUGUCCCUCGCUCAUCUCCUCCUCUCUCCCCAAAGUCAGAUGUGAGACCCAGCACUGCACAGCAGGCCCUCCAAGUCCAGGGAACAAGGAAGCCCUGUCCCCAUGGCUUUGGGUUAUUAUCCCUCCAGUACUCAGCUGCCACCACUGAGAAUCUGGAGUGUGGCAAGAGAUGCCUGAUGGCGUUUGAUCCCGGAAAGAUGCGUGAGAAACAAACCAGCCAAAGAAAGGAGUCAGCAAAAGCGUGAGCCAGGGAUCCUUGUAACCAGCUCCUGGCGUUUCUUCUGCCUCCCUCUACAGACUAUUCCCAGAGGCUCUGGAGUUCCAGAGCCUGGACUUUCAGGAAGUCCCUUCUGUGGAGUUCUUCACUGGAGAACCCCAGCCAGGAUUGUUUGGGGUUUUGUUUUGAAAUAAGAGGAAAGAGCUCUUUUGGUAUGGCCUAUCAGGGUCAUUCAACCCCACUGGGAUCAGGGAUGGUGGCGCCAGAGGCUGGUGCCCGUGGAUCCAGAAGGCCAGGCUAGCUUUGUUCCUGUGAAGACCUCUGCACAUAUGCACACAUCAUCCGGAUGAGGCUAGGCACAGGUGCAGCCCAUGCUGGGGGGCUGCCCCGAGGAAGGCAGCAGCCAGCGGGCCAGGGGAGGUCUGAGUGCAGAAGAGUGUCACAGCAAGAGCUGGGAGCUCACUGGAGGAUUCCUUUCCUGGUUUGUCUGCCUAGAAACCAUUGUCAUUAGCACUCACAGGAGGCUCUGGGAGACAGGGGGGAAGCCAAAUGCUUCCUUUUGAGCCGGGCUUCUUAGAAAAUAGGACUUUUAUGGGUUACAUUUGCAUUAAGUGUGGAAAAUGAAUUCUGAGUCUAAGCUAUUCCCCGUGGAAACCUUGUUGGACUGAUAAGCUCAUGGCACCUUUAUAGCCUUACAGAGUCUUCAGAAUACGACAUGAGUUAAUGAAACCAAGAAGGUCUCUUACUGCAUGAGAAUUGGAGCGAUGUGGAGUCUGGGUUCUGCCUGGCAGAGGGAGGUGUCCAACACUUCUUGGGGAGGGGACAUCUCGCCUUAUGUUGUCCCACUGGGAUUAGAGGAUGUGUCUUCGCUAAGUGCUCUUCCUGAUUCCAAAAAUAAUAUGUCACACUGCUGCAACAGUGUGUCACGGCCCGCUUCACCCACUGGAUGCUCAUUGCUUCUGAAUCAGAGCUCUGCUGGGUCAGAUCUGAUGGCCUCUCAGGCCCACUGUACCCAGCAUGAGCUGGUAAUGGGGACUCCCUUCUGGCACGAUUGUUCUUGGAUGGAACAGGAAACAGUUUGACCUGAAAAACAUAAUUCUUUUUGUAUCCAAAAGAGGUAUGUCUCUCAAAAUGUCCUUUUGCCAUGAGGGUCCUUUGGGCAGAGUUGUUCUGUGAGUUGGCCUCCUUGAUCUAGCCCGUGCUGGCUGCCUGACGUUGGCUGAGAUGUGCUGAGGACAUUUACUUGUAACCCAGAGACCACAUGUGACCAUCUCCUUGUACCUGUCCAGCCUGUGUCUUCCUCCUCCACUACCUUUCUCCUCAAAGAAUAGAUUUUUAGGGAUUAGUAAACACAAUGAAUUAUUGGGUGUUCUUUUUUUUUAAAGGAAUGACCCAAUAUUCUUCCUGGGCUCCAUCCCAGAAAGAGUACCUAGAUCCUACAGGGGAGACAAGCAAGCUUCCCUGAGCUAUAAAGGACCUCAGCUGCGGGCUAGACAGCACCAUGUGGCUCUACCUUAUGCUGAUACUGUCCUCUCUGAAUGGGUACUCUGACCUUGGCCCUUUAAGUUUGGAUUCCACCUCCCAGGUGGGUUUGAAGGCAUAAGCCACAGUUUCUUUUGCCUAUGUAGAAGGCUUUGAGUAUUAAAUGUCAUCCUGGACAGCACCUGUCUUUUGGGCACUAACUACAUCUAUCCACUUGACAGAGUAACCAGGUCUUCCUCACUGGUCGAUGUUUGCGAUUCUGAAGGGUGGUAGCUUCUGAACCGCUAAGGUUCGUUUCAAGUAGUUCCUGCCUCCUCCACCCUCCAUAACUGCCAAUCAGCCCCUCAGCCUCAGCCCCUCCUUCAUGACCUUAACCAAGACCUUAUCAAGUCCCAAUUUUGUCUUCUAUACCCUGAGACCCACCACCCCUUUACAAUCCUCUCCCAGACGAGCAUCACUAGAGGGUACAGAGGUGAUAUCGACCCCACGGUAAACCACUCCUUAGCCUCUGACACUUGGCUCAGAAUCGCUGGUGGAGAAUUAGCUGAAGGUCCACACCAGUGCCUGACUCAACGGAGGGAUGCAAGAUUUAAAAGAAACGCUAGGAAGCUAAUGGGAGACUGAGGCUGGACAAGUGCCUGCAAAUAACAGGGAUGGGAUGGGGGCAGGGAGCAGAUAAUGGAGCAGCAGCGUAAGAGCUGAGUUAACUGGGCAGGGCUUCACAGACACAGAGCAAGGGAGGAAGAACAAGGGGCCUCUCAGCUGUGACUUCUAAGUUGCUGCCUUUGUAGACAAGGUUUUCAAUGUGACAUCUUAGAAAACAGCUUUGCUAUUGGCAGCCCUCGCAUUUCUGGUGGCCACUCGGUGGGAACAAUGACAGUGAGUUUUGUACCCAGGAAGAGGAGCUUGCUGGCUUUCAGGGUGCUGGACUUGGGGGAUUUGAUGACGCAUCACACAAAGAUGAGAAUGUUCUUCACCCCUCACAGCAGCCACUUAGCCCAAGAGGUGGCUCCCCAUCCUGGGGGUGGGGGGACUCACCUCCCAUGGGGUCCCAGAAAGACCCAGCCUCCCCUUUCUCCUGGAGUCUUCAUCAGGACGAAAAGCCCUCCAUGGGAGAUAUGCCAUCCUCAGCUAGGUCAAAACCAUUGUCUAUAUUUUGUGGGAGGGGAAGGAAGCGGAAAAAGAACUCUGUAGUUCAAGGCCUUUUUAUUUCGCCUUCCCCAAACAGCAAACUCAUUGUAAAGACUCAUUGCUCAGGUGACAGAGAGAAACUUUAUCCUCUCCAACCUUUCAUUCUCAAAACCAGCCUUGUGUACUUGACUGCCCUGAACAGUGGUGCGCUCAGAGGUUUCCGGGUGUAGUGGAGGAUCAAAGGCGGGAAGGCGUGGGGUGGGGACCUUGUGUUAUGUUUGGGAGGCCUUGGUGGGGCCCUGUGUUGUGUUUCUUACCCUCUGGGGAAUGCCAAAGGCAUAAGACUGGGCUACUUCCUGGUCCCUAAGAAAAAUGUGAUUGAUUCUAAGGGCAGAUGUUUCAGGGAUGACUGCCCAUGGGCAGGCUCGGCUGUCCCAGCAGAAGCAGACCCACAGAUGUCUGGGGGUCCCCAGCAGCUCUGAUCCACUCACCCACCAGAACCCCACUGUUCUAAACGUGCCCGUUGUUCUGAGGACCUCUGAACCCGCAGCUCUGGCAAGGGACAAUUCUGAGCUGCCUCUGGAUGGCCGACACUGGAGACUCUGGCCUUACCAUGUGGAAAUGUUUUCCUGAAGUCUGGAACUAAUUUUGAGAAGUUUUUUUCUCAACACUUUUGUGUUUCUAACACUGUAUUCUUGACUGUGUAAAUACCAACAAGGCUGUAAAUAAAUGCAGAUGUAGAUACCUUCUAGAAAAAAAGGGGGGAAAAGCAUAAAAAGAAAACCAGAAGUGAUCCCGUGUAGCCUUCGUUGACAAAUAAAAGACUAUUUUGUGUUUAA